AUGCCGUUCUUUCAAAAGGCGGCCGGAAAAGUGGCUCCGGCUAAAAAGGGAAUGUCUCCCAUGCCCGGUUCAACGACGUCUCUGUCGCCCUCGCAACUGAAUACCGCCAUCAUGGACAUGCUGCAUGUGAGCAAUUCGGGGAAUCAGUGUCUGAACGCCUGCAGGGGUGACCCCAUCACGGCUGCAGGCCAACGUAACCAAAUGAUAAAGAUGUUAGCCAUCAUCCUAAUUCCUGUCUCCAUCCUCAUUGGUCUCACUGGCAACUCGUUUGGGACGACCCUCAACAAUUACUUAUACUCGACGUCGAUACGUUCAACGCUACUUUUCAGCCUCGACAUGGCGUACAUGAUUCGCUCGCUCCAACGUGAGAGAGAUGGUAGCGCCCUAUACCUCAGCUCCAUAAGACCAGAGACCAAGGGAUUCCUGUUACAGCGCUACCUCGAUACUGAUGAAGCGGUACAGAAUCUACCAGAGUGGCCUUCUUCGCUGAGUAACACGAGGUCGGAGUUUGACUCGAGCGAGACGUUUCUGAAGACGCUCAACAGGCACAGGUACGAGUUGGACACGUUAAAGGUGACAUUCCACGAGGAACUGAUCACGUACUCUGACUGGAUCGAGGUCUUCAUCAAGUGGUUCUACAAAUCCAUCACAGAAGCCAGGGCAGAAAAGGUCUGGAAAGCCUUCGUGGCAUAUCAAGAGUUGCUGGUAGCCUCGGAAUAUCUGGGAAGAGAGCGGGCAAUGGGCGUCAUCUUCUACACCCUGGGGGAGUUUCCUACCCGAGAAGAGUAUCUGUACUUCGUCGAAAGUCAGGACACAUCCAACGCCUCAUUCGCUGCUGCUAGGCAAUACUCCACUAUUGCAAAGGAAAUCUACGAUGCAAAGAUCAGGGGCAAUCCCGAGAUCAUGAGGACUAUCCAGAACAAAAGGGGAGAGAUUCGCUCGAGAAAUUCAGGAGCAGUUAUUAACACAGUUGGGUCUCUCAAGGAUGCAAAGUUCUGGUUUGAGAACAUGACAUACUUUCAGGAUAUUAUCCGAGAAGCACAAGUCUCUCUUGCUCUGACAAUCGACGGUUUGUUAGCGGCCAGACAACAGACGGACCUGACCAACAUCAUCAUCAUCUGCAUCAUCUUCAGCGCAGUGCUCAUUCUCUGUCCAGUCAUUAUAUACGCAGUCUACAAUCUCACUGUGGAGAUUCAGAGAUGCUCGCUUCACAUUGCCGACAGGACUAAAGCCUUAUCGAAAGAGAAAAGACGGACGGACACGUUGCUGUACCAGAUGUUACCGAAGGAGGUAGCCGAACAGCUGAAACAGAACCAAGAAGUAAGCACCGAGGAGUUCCCACACGCUACCAUCAUGUUUUCUGACAUUGUUGGGUUCACCAACAUCUGUUCCCGCAGCUCGCCAUUACAGAUCGUCGAGAUGUUAAACACGAUAUACUCGUGUCUGGAUGAACGGAUAGACGUGUACGACGUGUACAAGGUGGAGACGAUUGGCGACGCAUAUCUCGUCGUUUCAGGUGUUCCAAAGCCAAACGGUAACCGUCACGCUUCUGAGAUCGCCUCCCUUGCUCUUGACAUCCUGGAGCACGUCAACCGGAUGGAGAUCCCCCAUAUUCCAGGGACGAACGUCAGACUACGCAUCGGUUGCCAUUCAGGAGCGGUGGUUGCUGGUGUGGUGGGGACGAAGAUGCCACACUACUGCGUGUUUGGAGAGGCAGUGAAUGUCGCAAACAUGAUGGAGGCGCUCGGAAAACCUUGCAAGGUCCACCUUAGCAAGUCGACGGCUGAUCAUUUGACAGAAGUAGGCGGCUUCGUCAUUCGGGAGAGGGAUGAUCUCACAGAAAAGAAUGACCGUGACCUGAUGCUGACUUUCAAGGGCAACGUGAAGACAUAUUGGCUUGAGUGCAAGGAAGGGUACGCUCCGCCGGAUUACGACGAAUACUUCGUAGACCCCGAAAUUCUGAUUGAUUCCAAGACGGCUAACUAAUCGAAUAGUUUACUUUUCCCAGCUUGCAUACAAGUUGAAAUACUGUCCUUUAUCGGGACACUUCUUCUGGACUUGGAAAUACGUUUGUAGCGAAAAGCAAAAGUCCUGCAACAGUACGAAUAUGUUUCUACACUAUUCAGUAAACUGUUUUGGGAUUUUUAUUACUACCUAUUCACAUAAAUAAGUAACAAAAUCAUUUCACCAUCAAAGGGGCACUAGCUUUUAUUGUUUGAUAGAGUUGAAACGCUGGGUAUCGAUAAACAUAAUUUUUUAACGAAAAUAAAUAGAACUGCACCUUAAUGCAUACUGUUGUUUCGAAUCUAUACGUGAUAACAUACAGAGCUGUGGCCACUAGACACACAGCGAUAACAGCACUGUUUAUAAUGUUCUUCACAGUGAAAUGCCUAGUUUUAGUGCAGCAGCUCCAAUAUUAAU